AUGGCCUCCAACAUGAGUGACACCAUAUCUUCUAACUCAUUACUACACUAUGACUACUCAGACGAAUAUUUGAGUGGUUACGACUCCGACUCCAGUAUGGCGUCUACAAACUCUACUCCCAACAAGCAAGGUACAACUGGCGCUCUGCACCGCACUCGCGACAACAUGGACGCUGCCCUGCAGGCGGACCUUCGCAAUCGAACGCUCCGUGAUGUGUCAGUUGACGACUUCGUGAAGCAUGUGUAUGGUUUCACGGAAAAAGACACAGAGUAUAUCACAUCAAAGACGUGGACGCUAGAUUAUCAAGGCUUGGCCGAAUACAACUUGGCGCUCAGCAAAGGCCUGCCGGAAACUGCCCUGUAUUCGCCGUUCAAGACUAUCAUGGACGAGUUAUUCCAGAAAUUCCGCGAUGACGAAUAUGCCCUCGAUAUCAAUCUUGCUUCUCUCGGCAGCGAGCAAUCGAAGAGCACGGGCACACCUCGGAAACCUGAUGGGCUUUUCAUGUUUAAGUCACACAAAGACUCUUACAAGGUGUCUUGGUCGCUCUCCAAGGCCUUUCUUGAAUUUCAAAUUCGCCCCGGCGAACAAAGGCUUCGGAAGGAAGCGCGCAGGGUGCGUCGCCCCAUCGACACAAUUCGCGAAGGAACAACGCUUGCGGCUGCUAAUGUGGGCGUCAUAGCCUCUACGCCAGACUUGGCACCCUCUCCGCCACUCAAGGCGCUGUCUGGUUACAAGCGUCGGAGCGCUGACGUUCUCGGCACUGAAGAACAAGGUCCUUCGAAUCGACCCAAGCAAAUGACUCGGAAAGAGGCACAGGGCGCUGGGUAUGCCCUCGAGAUGAUGGCAGCCGCGUGUAGGCGUUGGGCUACCGGCUUCGUGAUCAAGGAUAAAACCGUAUGGGUGCACUACUACGACCGCAUAGGCGCCAUCUUCACUGAGGAGUUCGAUUUUUCUAAAGACCCACAAAAGCUGGCGAUGGUGGCUUUGGCCCUUGCCAAGUGCGACGUUGUUCAGGCUGGAUUCGAACCCCUCAUCUCCCCUAGCCCCGACUCCCCGCUUUCCGCUCCCCUCGUUUCGCUGGACGGCGCGUUCCUCCAUUUGCCUGUGCGCGAUGAUGACGCAGGCGCUACGUAUGUGAAGGGCUUCGAGAACGAUCUCUACUCUCACUUCGAAAUCUCCGGUAAUCCAUUAUACACAUACCAAGGUCUUAACGGCCGAGGCUCACUAGUCCUUCCCGGCCGUCCCAUUCAAGCAGUGAAGGGAAGUGGCACCCAGCCAGAGCAGGUCGCGGCCGAUACGCCAGGCGCCAACAACAGCACGAAGGAUUCUGGCGGCAUGGGAAUGGUCCACGGAACCACGACAUCUGGGGAAUCCCCUCCUCAAGUCCCUAUGGUAGUCAAGCUUAGCUGGCCCUUGUCUACGCGACCGAGUCUUGAAGCAGAAUUGAUUCACGAGCUCCGGCGCGAUAAACUGGGGCGCAUGAGACCUCACCUUCCCAAGGUCCACUUUGCGAUGGUGCUCAAGGGGACAUCUAUACAGCUUCCGGGGGACCUGUUCCGCUCCAUGACCACGGCGCACAAUCUCGAGCAGCGUUAUUUCACGCUCAUGAUUGUUGAACAGUACAACCAUCUAUGGGAGGUCCCGACAUGCGACGAUUUCCUCGAUGUAUACCUCGAUAUUGUAGAAUGUCAUCACGCUGCGAUGAAAACCGGAAACAUCCUUCAUCGUGACAUCAGUGAAAAAAAUCUGUUAUGGCAACAAAAUUGGGGGCUCACACGAAGCACCGCACGUUUUAUGGCGCUUGAUCUCUUGAUUGGUGCUGAACCACCCUCUCAUCUCUACCGGCACGAUCUCGAAUCUCUGUUCUACGUCUUCGUUUGGGCAGCGGUAGACUUCACCCUCGACAAGGAGAAGCCAUUUGUCAAAGAGACCAACUCAGCAAUACUGAAAUGGGCUGGUACAUAUGCAGACGCCUACGAAGCGAAGUCAAGCUUCUUAACCAAGCCAAGGCCAGUGUUCAGUGGGAUACAGCCUGCGUUCGAGCCGCUACGAUAUUGUCUCGAUGGUCUUUGGAGUUUAUUCCAUAAGGCCUUUGAGAACUCGGUCAAGCUUGAGAAUCAACUUGAGAAAGCCAAAACCGCUUCUACUGGGCGAAGGACUCGGAAACGCCGGAAUGUAGAUAUGAUCUACGAUGAAGAACUCCCUCCCGUUGAACCGAGUCCUCAUUCAAGUCCUCAUUCCGAAAACUCCGUUGAGGUCAAUCCUCCCACUGUCGACGAGGUUACCAUUGAUUUCGAAACUAUGGGAGGGUGUUUGACCUUCGAGAAAUUUCUGGCUGCCUUAGGAGAACAACCCCGACAGUAUAAGUCCUAA